UCUUGUUUUAAAGUCCAAUAAUUGCAUGCAUUGCGAAGGUCAACAAUAUUUUAGGCGAAUUUGCUCGAGUUGCAAGCUCAAUCUCCACCGCAAUUUGAUUGAGGAUAGCGUAUUCUACAGAGUCUACUUGAUAUUCCUGACAGCAAGGGGGUGAUUUGAUAUUUAAAGAUUCAUCUUGGUUGAGGAAAAAAAAAGAGAGAAAAAGGCAGCUCCACUUUCUUUGCGUUUUGUUUGUGGCAACAAUCCUCGGGAAAAGAAUAUUUUUGAACUAUGGUCAGCAGUAUAUACAUCUGAGACCCAUGUGAAAGCUGUAGGAGGUGGAAGACGUUUGAGUGUUCAUCAUGAGCAGUAACGAACAGGACGAAGAAGUCCCAAGGAAGGCGCCCUCUGUUAGAAGUAGGAGCAUUGAUGACAGGAAAACUUGCUGGGUUUGCUUUGCCACUGAGGAUGACGACCGGACGGCGCGAUGGACGCAGCCGUGUCGCUGUCGGGGAACCACAAAGUGGGUCCAUCAGAUGUGCCUGCAGAGGUGGAUUGAUGAGAAACAGAGAGGGAAUAGCUCUGUCAAGGUGUCUUGUCCCCAAUGUAACACAGAGUACAUCAUCAUCUACCCUGAAUUAGGUUCUAUUGUCUAUAUCCUGGAUGUCCUUGAUAGACUUAUAUACAAAGUGUGCCCCUUCGCUGCUGGAGGUAUCGUUGUGGGUUCUGUCUACUGGUCAGCUGUCACUUACGGGGCAGUGACAGUCAUGCAGGUCCUUGGCCACAAAGAGGGGCUGGACGUGAUGGAGAGGGCGGAUCCCCUCUUCCUCCUCAUCGGUCUGCCGACGAUCCCUGUCAUGCUCAUUCUCUCUAAGAUGAUCCGCUGGGAGGACUACAUCCUGAAACUGUGGCGGAAACACUCGCCCAAGCUCCCCUUCUGGAGUUACUUCUUCCCGGAGAUCGGUAGCAGCAUGCUGCCCCGGGUCCCCACUGAACUCAUGCCGAUGGCCGACCCAAUAUCAGCCACCAGAGUCCUGUGUGGGGCUCUGAUCUUCCCGACUAUCGCCACCAUGUGCGGGAAACUCAUGUUUGGAUCACUGCACUCAAAUUUACAGAGGACAAUGUUGGGUGGUAUAGCUUUUGUUACGAUUAAAGGAGCACUCAAGGUGUUCUACAAGCAGCAUCAGUACCUGAGACAGGCUCACCGUACCAUUAAAGAUUUCCCCGAGGAGAACGGGCAGUGAGUAUCGGACGGAAAGUCGCUUUUGCAAUUCGGUGGAAAUCUUAAGAUAUUUUAGGUUAUCUUUUGACUGUGGCAAGCAGGCAUUGAUUCUUCACAAUGACUGCCUUUUUUUGUAUCCCUGCUUAAUCAAUUUAAGUCAUUCUUUGGGUGUUUACUUUAAGUCAAAAUUAGGUAAUUAGGGUGGAUACAAUUACGCAUUUUAAACUUUAAGGUUGAGCAUCGUUCACACUACUAUAGAAAUUGUAAAAUUGCAUUAUCUUUUGAUUUGAUAUUUAGGGACUAGACCUCUGAAUAUGAUUAAAGGAGUAUUAACUUCAUUCCUGGUUAUCUCUCCAUAGGGUUCUUGUCUAGUAAAGUGAUAAAGCCCACUUUUUUGGAAGUCAUUGGCUUCACAACCAGAAAAACUGAAAUGGAAUGAAAUGAAAAAAUCCCACCAAAACAUCUCGGCGCUCUACCAACAGAGCUACAUGUUGUGUAUCUAGCCAUAUGUUGGCAGUCUCCCCUUGUUCAACCCCAAAUUAUUUGAAAUAACUCCAGUCAGUUUCCCAUGUGGUUUUAUUACUUGACUUAGUAUUUAAUCGAAAUACGAAAAUAACUAAUGCCAAAAACAUUGGAAGCGUUCAUGGGAAUGUUUUGAAAAUGACCGCUUCAUGAUGGUAUAGUUGUAUUCUGAUCACUGGCCUUGAAUCACACGCAGGCCAUUGAGACCAUGGUCUUUGUUGCCCCUGGUCUUGGCCUUGGUGCCCCUUCAAUAGUUUCCCAUUGACCUCAAGAUUUUCUAAUGGAUGUGCCCAUUGCAAAAUGAAAAUGGCCUUGCCCUUUCAAAGAUGAAAUUCCAGGCCUGUAUCGGGAAGUUCCAACUCAUUGGAAACAGAUAUGCGAAAUGGGAUUGUCUGAACGGUUUGUGCAACUUCUGGAAACAAAAGUCAAUCAGAAAAACCUAAUUUCUGAUUGUGUGUUAAAGGCAGUGGAUACUAUUGGUAAUUGUCAAAGGCUACUCUUCACAGUUGGUGUACAUGUAUCUCAA